UACCAGUCACCACCUAAACCACUCUCAGAAACGACGACCAAUUUUGGUGGCGCCGUCGCAGGAGAUUUCAUGUGGCCGUCUCUAAGGCAACGGACUCUUUCCCUCUCAUCAGAAGCUAUUCACCAAUGGAUGCCAGGUCUUAAUCGCUCGUUUUGUUCUUCGGUAAUCAAUGCUACAAACACCAACGGAAAGAGUGGAAAUGUUGUCGAAUUACUGAACUUAGAAGAGGUCGAGAAGAUUCUGAAAGAUGUUCGAGCAGAUGAUGUGCGAGUCAUACCUGUUAGAAAGCAAUCGGAGUUUACAAAUUUCGUUGUUGUUGCCACCGGCCGGUCUCAAUGGCAUGUUCGUAAUAUCGCUCAAGCCCUAAUUUACAAGGUGAAGCAAAAACAAACGGGAGCGAAAAGAAUGUUGUUACCAAGUGUUGAAGGGCAAGAAGGAGGGAAUUGGAUUGUGAUUGACUCAGGUUCGUUGAUAGUCCAUGCACUUGAUGAGAAAGCCAGGGCUUAUUACAACUUGGAGCAGCUAUGGACCUCUAAGGAGUCGAUUAAAGAACAAAGUCAAAGUCAAAGCAAGGACUUGGAUCAAGCUUUUGUGAAGGUACGCCGCAAGAAUAACUCCAAGAAACCCCAAAAGGAAUGUGCUUGAUCAACCAUGUAUCCUUUCCUAGUGUUUAAAAUGUGUUUGUUUUGUUUUUUUUUAUAAAGGAGUUGUACAUGUAAAUUCUUCAAGACUAUAGAAAAUGAUCAUAUUCUAAUUCCAUCUUGGGAUAAUAAAACUAUAAAAGAGAAUAUGGACUCAACUCAGGAUCUCAAUGUUUUCCCAGCUUGUACAAGCUCCAAUUUAUGAUCUUUUCAACUUUUUGGAAUAUGUUUAUUUGCAAAAA